GCUGCAAUAAAUGCUAUUCUUUCAACUCAAAAUCCUGGGCAUCGCGGUUUUCUAUCCACUUGAUGAUAUGCGGCCAAUUCUUCUUUUGGCGCUGCGCAAUGAUAUCAAGAUGAUCGGGAGCAAAAAUCGCGUGGUACUUUUCCGAAUUCGAUCGAACGUCACUGGAACCUCUUAUUAGCUCAUCGAAGAAAAUGCAACAGUCAAGCCGUCAACGUUUUUGCUUUUGUCCUUCACCUUGCAAUUUUUACGCGACACCAUGGGCAAUAUCGCCCUCUUUCCACUUUUUCUUUUUCAUGGCCUACUUGGAAUUUCUGCGGCAGUGACAAUAUACUAUGUACCUGGCCAAAAUCCCUUCUCCACGACCUCGGCCGACGCCUCCUCGUACACUGGUGCUGCGGCUUAUAAUCCCACAACCAUUGACCCGCCCGCUUUGCCUGAUCCUCUGCCCUCGCUUUCUCUCGAUUUCAAUAUACAGUCUAACCCUACUGGACUUUCAAUAACUCAAUCUGGCGCGUUCAUGGGUUUUUCGGUUGAAAUGUCCGUGGCGAAUCAAAUUUUGGGAAAAAAUUCAUCCAUUCUUCAAGUCCCAUUCUUGAACCUCUUGGCGACCAUUGCACAAAGAGCGGGAGCUGUUCGCGUCCGUGUAGGAGGUAAUUCGCAGGAUACAGCCUCAGAAGUGGCUACUCUGGAUGAUGGCAAGGUUCUGGAAAAAGACUUGAGUGGCGUCACGAAUCCCACCGAAACCCCGCCCUUGGUGUUUACCCCAGAUUUACUGUACAUGAUGAGAAAUAUUUCGGAUUUCGUGAAUGUUCGCUGGUUCGUUGGUAUACCGUUUAAUGACUCUUCGAAUUUCCGGCUUGAGAUUGCACAGUCCGCUCAAGAAAUUCUGGGUGAUUACCUGAUGGGUGUGCAGGCAGGCAAUGAGCCGGACCUCUACGCUGCACACGGUCACCGUUCCUCAAGCUAUUCGCAAUAUGACUACGUGGGGGAGCUCGGGAGUCUUAUCGACGAUAUGUCACAAUAUUCAAACCUUUCUAUCGCCCAAAAUCUUCUCCUCAUUCCCAGCGUCUCUGGAACUUGGACACCAGAAGAAGUAUGGGACACCGGUGUCAUGGAUACGUAUAGCUCGAAUAUAGCAUGGAUGAGCGUGGAGCACUAUCCAACCGACAAUUGUUAUGCCCAAUUUGGUACAGGGACCCCAAGAAACGCCACUGAAUUAUGGCCAACGUACCUGAUGCACUCCUCCGCUCAAAGUCUUGUACAGCCCUACCUAAAUUCCACAUCCUAUGCUCAAACGAAAGGCAAGCCGUUUAUCAUGUUCGAAACAAACACAGCAUCUUGUGGUGGCUUCCCUGGAAUAAGUGAUGUAUUUGGAGCGGCUUUGUGGGGACUUGAUUAUGGCCUUCUCAUGGCCGCAUCGAACUUCUCGGGUGGUAUGUUCCAUGUUGGUGGUGAAAGUGUAUAUUACAACCCUUUCAUCUCCCCUCCGACCAAUCAAUCUUCCUAUAGGGAAUGGACUGUUGGACCUGUAUUCUACUCCUCCCUUGUAAUCGCUGAAGCCCUUGGUCCUUCCAACCAAUCGCAGGUUCUAGAGGUCGGCGCCGAAAAUCAAAGCACGUACACGCCCAAUUAUGUCAUAUACGAAAAUGGCCAACCCGUACGGAUGGUUCUUAUCAAUUUCUUAUCGGAUUCAUCGGGGAACAGCAACUACACUGCCAAUAUCGCCAUCGGGGGAGGUCAAACAGGGCAAUCGAAUACCACCCCGUCGCAAGUUACGGUCAAAUACCUUACUGCCUCAUCGGUAUCCCAGAAAGGAGAUUAUUCAUGGGCGGGUCAGACGUUCGGUGGGAAUUUUGACUCUGACGGCCGACUCGAAGGAACGGAAUCUAUCCAAACGAUUCCUUGCGAUCAAUCCGCUCAAGUAUGUUCGGUCAGCGUACCAGCUCCCGGUGCUGCCUUGGUCUUCCUCACGAACGAGUUGACCGAGACGGAGGGUGCUCCUUCGACCACGUUUGCAACAACGACGGUGACGAAUACAGGAAACACGGCUACUGUAGAUGCUUCGGUUUUGGCGACGUCAAAUGGGCGUAAUGGGAACUCACCGUUGGGUAGUUCAAGUAAAGGGAGCGCGAAUGGUGGUGUUGUUUUCAGAGAAUCUAUAGCGGGUUUACUUCUUAGAGUAGGAUCAAUUGGUGCACUUGGACUGUUCUUGAGGGCGGUAUUUGUAUUAUAAUCUUUGCUUUGUCGUGAACUGUUUUCAAUCACCUUCAAUUAUACGUAUAUACCUAGUCUUGUAACUUAAUCUGUAUUCCAAUAGGACUAUGAAUCCAGGCUUUCGCAAAGCAGGAGUGCAAUAAUAAGAACAGAUACUGAAUACAACAAUACUGAAUUUAACAAUACAUUAGCAUUAAUGAUA